CUCGCCAGGAGGCGGAGCUUAACGUCGGUGUUUCUCCCAAAGCUGUGGCCCGGGACAUGGCGGCUCCGGGCCCUGUGACUCCGGGGGCACCCUUUGAACCAUCACAGCCCCCAGUCAUUGAGGGCUUUAGCCCCAGUAUCUACAGCACUCCAGAAAGCUUCAAGGAAAAAUUCCUUCGGAAGACCCGCGAGAACCCAAUGGUGCCCAUAGGCUGCCUGGGCACGGCGGCCGCCCUAACCUACGGCCUCUACUGCUUCCACCGGGGUCAGAGCCACCGCUCGCAGCUUAUGAUGCGCACCCGGAUCGCUGCCCAGGGCUUCACGGUCGCAGCCAUCUUGCUGGGUCUGGCUGCAUCUGCGAUGAAGUCUCGAUCCUGAGUCCGAGACCACCUGGCCUUGAAAGUCACGCAGAGAUCACCCCCAGCCCCAAGAGCAACCACCGGUCCUGCCACCUGACUUAUUCCCUGGUCUCCCCUGACAAGCCCCUGUUUCAGCGGGGGAGGAAGUGGCCAAUUCUGUAACUGACAGGUUUUUCCAGGAAUCUCAGAUUCGGUUGAGUUUGGGUGUCGCAUAGUAUAUUUGUGCCCCCACUUUCUCCACUUCCUACUUAAUAAACUGAUCCACCUGUA